AUGGGACGUUCUUUUUAUUCCGACGAAGAGGAUAUUUUGCCCACUCCAGGGCUUAACCAGCCAAUUCCUAAGGAGCUCAGCAGAAAAGAAGAUCUACUCAGAAAUCCACAUAAGCAAGUUGUGGACGGAAAAGUCAUCAGUACCAAUAGCACACUAGAGAAAUACGCCAAACAAGCCCGUGAAUAUGCUGUUCAAAAGCUGGACAUAUUCGAUGCCGAGUACAAGAAUCUUCAUGCUGCAUAUCUGAAUGAAAAGCGCAAUGCGAUCGAUAAGUAUCACCAACUCGUGGCCGAGCCUGUUCUUCCUUCCGGAUUGUACAUUUUGACCGCUAUGCUCACAGGUUCGAUCAUGGUGCGCACCAGGUCUCUGCCUCUUCGGUUUGUGACUCCUGUGGCUUUUGGAUUAAUCGCCACGGAGUACCUGAUGCCAAAGACUCUGCAAAAUACUACAGGCUGGUUGAGUUCUCUCUCUAGAGAACAUUUCCCAGAAGUCAACAAGCAAAUAGACGAAGCUGCCAAACAAGUUUCUGGUUGUAUGUCUGAUAUAGAGAAGACACGCUCCAAAUGGAGGCAGUCACUUACAGAUAGCGUCAGAAGAACGAGGGAGGAGGUUCUUCAGUGGACUCAGGAUAAAAAAUGA